GUAAAAGCAAUAUACUGAUGAUGCCAUCCCUUCCUUCCUUGAGUAAAGCAUACUCUGUGCUUCAACAUGAUGAAAAACAGAAAGAGACUUCUGCUCCCAUUCCCAGUUUUUCAAAUGAUUCUGUCUCCUUUACUGCUGCAACUGGUCCUAUCAGCAACCAUAAAGGUUACAAUCAGAGGGUUCAAUUUGAGUCAAAGAAACUUCCCGGUCCUUCUCGUAAUGUAGUAUGCAAAUACUGCAAGAAACCUGGACACACCAUUGAUAAAUGCUACAGGCUACAUGGUUUUCCACCAGAUUUCAAGUUUACAAAGAGUAGGAGAUCUGCAGCCUGUGUUCAGUCUGAAAGUUCUGGUACAAGUUCUAGUUUUCUCAAUCCUAGUCCUUCUGAAGUUGCUGCCCAUGGGUUUACCAAGAAACAAUACCAACAUUUUAUGACCCUGUUUCAGAAUGUCAACAUUGCUACUCCUACUUCCCAUCUUGACAACAUUGCUGCUGACAGCACUGGAUUUGCCAACUUUGCAGGGCCCUUCUCUGAGGAGGCCUCUGGUAAUUGGUAAGGCUGCAAAUGGACUGUAUUUUCUGCAUUCAGCUGGUAGAUCCUCUCCUGUUUCUAUUUCCAAGUUUGUUCCAGUUUCAAAUUCUAUUGUUUGUAAUGUACCUAGUCAGGUUCCUUACUCUACUUCUCAUUCUGUACUCUCUAGUUCACAUUGUAAUUCUUCUGUUGUUGCUAAUAAAAAUUAUGUAUUUUGGCAUCAAAGAUUAGGUCAUAUUCCUUUUGCAAGAAUGAAGUAUAUCCCUUUUUUAUCAGAUAAGAUUUCACCUAAGCAACCAUUUCUGUGUAAUGUAUGCCCUAUGGCUAGACAACAGAGGUUACCUUUCCCUCCUAGCUCUAUCCAUUCUACUGUACCUUUUCAACUUGUCCACAUUGAUAUUUAGGGUCCCUACAACACCCAAACAUACAAUGGCUUUAGGUAUUUUUUGACUUUAGUUGAUGACUUCACUAGAGUCACAUGGACUCAUCUUAUGUCUUGUAAGAGUAAUGCCCUUUCCAUUCUUAAAGCUUUCCUUCAGAUGGUCAAAGUCCAAUUUCAGUCCUCUGUUCAAUGUUUUAGAUCUGACAAUGCCUAUGAACUAGGUAGUAGCGCUGAAGCUCAACAAUUCUUUACUGCUAAUGGGAUUCAUCACCAAACAACCAUUCCUCACACUCCCCAACAGAAUGGUAUCGUUGAAAGAAAACACAAACAUAUGUUAGAAGUCUCCAGAGCAUUUUUUUUCCAAUCAAAGCUUCCCCUCAAGUAUUGGGGUGAGUGUGUUCUCACUGCCACUUACCUCAUUAACAAAAUUCCUUCUCCUGUUCUUCUAAAUGUCUCCUCUUUGAAAAAUUGCAUGGUUAUGCCCCCACUUAUGAACAUCUAAGAUCUUUUGGUUGCCUUUGCCAUGCUCUCAGUCCCAAGCCUGGGAGAGAUAAGUUUCAACCCAGGUCCAUUUCUGCUUUUUUCUGGGUUAUCCUUGUGGGAAGAAGGGAUACAAAUUGCUGAAUUUAUCUUCCCACUCUAUUUUCUUUUCUAGGGAUGUUGUGUUCCAUGAGCAUAUCUUCCCCUUUCUAUCUUCCUUUUCUUCUGAUCCUUCUCCUCCUCCCAUAUUUGUUGAUGUCCCCUCUACACAUUCUGUUGCUCUUGUCCCACCCUCUUCCUCCCCUGUCCCUUCUCUUUCCCCUUCCACUCUUCCUCAUGUUCUUCCUCCUACUUUCAUCUCUUCCUCUUCUUCUUCUACCUCUCAUUCUUCCGCUUCUAUACCUACUGUACCUGCUCCUGAACUUAGAAGAUCUUGCAGAAAUGUUCAAGCCCCUGCUUAUCUUGGGGACUAUGCCUGCAAUUCAAUUAUACCUUCCUCCCUUUCUCCUCAUGUGUCAUCUAAGGUUCCUACAAUUGACCUGCAUAUGCAUGAGCCCCAAUUUUACCAACAGGUUGCUACUAAUCCUACCUGGUAAGAGGCCAUGCUAAAGGAAUUUGAUGCUCUUGCUGCAAAUCAAACUUGGGACAUUGUCCCUCUUCCUCCAUAUAAGAAGGUUUUCCCUUGUAAGUGGGUCUAUAAGAUCAAACAAAGGUCAGAUGGUACCAUUGAGAGGUACAAGGCCAGAUUAGUAAUCCGAGGGGAUACCCAAAGAGAAGGGGUUGACUAUACUGAGACAUUUUCCCCAGUUGUUAAGAUCGCCACUAUUAGAUGCCUCUGUACUUUGGCUGUCAAAAGGGGUUGGGCUGUUUUCCAAUUGGAUGUUAAUAAUGCCUUUUUGCAUGAUGACCUACAUGAGGAGGUCUACAUGAAGAUUCCCCCUGGUUUGGUGAUCUCUGCUCCAUCUUCCCCUUCUUUUCCUUUGGUUUGCAGACUCAAGAAGUCUCUUUAUGGCCUCAAGCAAGCAUCUAGGCAGUAGUUUUCAAAGUUGUCUGAUUCUUUGCUAUCCAGAGGCUACACUUCCAGCAAAAAUGACUACUCUUUAUUUACAAAGGCUUCUGGUGCUUCUCUUAUUGUGGUUGCCAUUUAUGUGGAUGACAUCCUCUUAGCUGGGGAUGAUCUUAUUGAAUUGAAUUCUCUGAAGGCUUUCUUGGAUAACCAAUUCAAGAUUAAAGAUUUAGGUGUUGUCCAUUAUUUCUUGGGUUUGGAAAUCACUUCACAUCCACAGGGGUACCUCAUGAGCCAACAUAAGUACACUUCUGACCUCUUGGCUGAAUUUCAUUGUGACAACUUCACCCCUGUUUCUACUCCCUUGGAUUCCACUGUUAAACUUGUUACUGAUAUGGGAGACCCUCUUUCUGAUCCUACCAAAUUCAGGAGAUUGGUAGGCAAACUCAAUUUCCUACAACAUACCAGACCUAACAUAUCUUUUUUUGUCCAGCACCUCAGCCAAUUUUUGUAAUAUCCUCAUGUUACUCACAUGCUAGCAGCUCUUCAUGUUCUCAAAUAUCUCUUAAAUGCUCCUGCCCAAGGAAUUCUCCUCUCUGCCAGCUCUGAUUUGUCCUUAGCAGCUUUCUCAGACUCUGAUUGGGCUGCAUGUCCUAUUUCUAAAAGGUUUGUCACUGGUUUCUAUAUUACUCUUGGAGGCAGUCCUAUUUCAUGGAAGAGCAAGAAAUAGCCUAUUGUCUCUCUCAUCAGCUGAGGCUGAGUAUAGGGCCUUGAGGAUGGUGGUAGCUGAAAUUUCUUGAUUGGUUCGACUGCUUGGUGACUUUCAUUUGCAUAUUUCUGCUCCUGUUCCUCUGUUUUGUGAUAGCCAGGCAGCUUUACACACUGCUAAAAAAACAGUUUUCCACGAGCGCACCAAGCACAUUGAAGUUGAUUGUCAUUUUGUACGGGACAGUUUGAGUUCUGGGUUGAUUUCUCUUCAAUUUGUCUCCAGCUCCAAUCAACUUGCUGAUAUGUUGACUAAGAACUUGUCUGGACCUCUCCACCAUCAGUUUUUGUGCAAGCUUAGAGUGUCUACACCCUCCAGCUUGAGGGGGGUGUUGACAAUAUUGGGCCUACAUAGUUUAGUCAGACAUAAGCUGGCCCAAUUGUAUACCCGGCCCAAUUCUUUACUAUUUUCAUUUUCAUUCAUUUUAUUAGUGUUGUAAUAAGACAUAAAAGAGAAUUUUCAGGAAAUAAGAAGUACCAAGAUAUUUUCUCUCUUC